CUGGCCGUCGCGUCCUGAACGUCUCUACUGGGCUGUAUCCUAGCUUUCCCCCAUGUCGGCAGCGGACUCAACAUGCUACACGAUUGUCAGCGACGAUCAUGCAGAGUCUCCUACGACACAGGAGCUUCGCACCGCGUUGCAGAAGGGUUCAGAUGAAGUGAAGCUGGAUACUCUAAGGAGGAUUAUAGUGUCCACCAUUAAUGGGAAUCCUCAGCCGCAACUAUUGAUGCCUGUAAUCCAAUAUGUUAUGCCCUCGAAGAAUAAGCAGCUGAAGAAGCUAUUGCACUUCUACUGGGAAGUCUGCCCCAAAUAUGACGACGAGGGGAAGCUCAAGCAAGAGAUGAUCUUGGUGGUUAACGCCAUCCGGAAUGACCUUCAACAUCCGAACGAGUACAUCCGGGGGUCAACUCUUCGCUUCCUACAAAAGAUCUCGAAAGACGCCGAAUUGCUAGAACCCCUCAUCCCCACUUGCCGCGCCUGUCUUGAGCACCGUCACUCUUACGUCCGCAAGAAUGCUGUAUUCGCCGUCUACACCAUAUACCGCUCAUUUGAACACCUCAUUCCUGAUGCCCCCGAGCUGAUCCAGACGUUCCUCGCCGCGGAGUCGGACGCGACGUGCAAGAGGAAUGCAUUUGUGUUCCUGGCGAACUGCGCGAUGGACAAAGCCGUGCAAUACAUUUUACAGGUGUAUGACCAGAUUUCGACCUUGGACGAACUGCUACAGAUGAGCGUGAUUGAAGUCAUUCGGUUGGAUUGUAAGACGGAUUCGACACAUCGCUCACGGUGGAUACGCUGCAUAUUCGAACUCGUCAACGCGUCUUCGCAUACUGUAAGAUACGAGGCUGCAUCGACAUUGACCACCCUGACACAAAACCCGGCAGCAGUCAAAGCUGCCGCCUCCUGCUUUAUCAACCUUGCGGUCAAGGAAUCCGACAACAACGUCAAACUGAUCGUCCUGGACCGCCUGGAUGCCUUGUACUCAAAACACGGGCACGUAUUAGAUGGUUUGGUCAUGGAUGUCAUCCAGGUCUUAUCAAGCGCGGACAUGGAAGUACGACGGAAGGCGAUGAGCCUCGUAUUACGCAUGGUGUCAAGCCGGAACGUCGAGGAGGUCGUACUAUUCCUGAAGAAGCAACUGCAGCGAACCCAGGAGCAGGACUUCGAGAAGAAUUCGGAAUACAGACAGCUCCUCAUCCAGUCCAUUCAUGUAUGCGCUAUCAAGUUCUCAGAAGUUGCUGCCAGUGUUGUGCAUGCGCUCAUGGACUUCCUUGGGGACUCCAACAACCCGUCAGCGUUGGACGUCGUGGCCUUCGUCCGGGAGGUCGUCGAGAAGUUCCCCAGCCUGCGCCAGACCGUCUGUGAACGCCUCAUCCAAACUCUCCCCGAGAUGAAGUCUGCGAAAGUAUUCCGGGGCGUUUUCUGGAUAUUGGGAGAGUAUGUAGAGAAUGUUCCUGGGAUAACGGAGACCUUGCAGGGUAUCCGACAAAUUAUCGGUGAAAUCCCUAUAUUGUCGGCAGAGCAAAAGCUCAUGGAGGAGACCGUUCCCGACGGGGAAACUGACGCUGCAAAGGAGAACGGAAAGCCGAAUGGUACUGCUGUACCCAGUGGGAAGCCGAGAGUGCUGGCGGAUGGGACGUACGCGACCGAGACGGCUUUUACGAGCACCAGCAGCUCGAAGUUGGAAGCCGUCAGGGCUGCAGCUAAGCCUCCUCUGCGAACACUUCUUCUGGGCGGCGACUUCUUCACUGGUGCCAUCCUAGCUGCCGCACUUACCAAGUUAGUCAUGCGAUUCGACGAACUCUCGACAGACCGGAAGAGAGCAAACUCACUGAAAGCUGAGGCUAUGCUUAUGAUGACUUCCAUUAUCCGCGCGGGUCAAUCGAAAUUUGUGACGCACCCCAUUGACGAGGACUCACUAGAGCGCAUUCUAAACUGCAUUCAAACUCUGAGUGAAUUGGAGGAGAAACCACCUGUACACGAGAUCUUCUUGCAUGAUACGCGGUCCGCAUACAGCUACAUGCUCACCGCUCAAGAGAAGCGCGCCGCAGAGAAGAAAGCUGCAGAGACAACCAAGGAAGCUAUCGUACAGGUGGACGACCUCUUGACUUUCAGGCAAUUCUCAAAGAAGGCCGCGGACGAUAUCAUAGACUUCGAUGAGGAUAUUAGCAAGGCUACAGGGUCCGGCGAUCUUCAGGAAGACUUCAUCUCCAACCUUAGCCGUAUAUCUCAGUUAACCGGCUUCUCUGAUCCUAUAUAUGCUGAGGCGUAUGUCAAGGUGCAAGGCUUCGAUAUUCUUCUUGAUGUACUUUUGGUCAACCAGACCCCGAACACACUUCAAAACCUCUGCCUGGAUUUCGCCACUCUAGGGGACCUAAAACUGGUAGAACGGCCAUCAGUGUAUACCAUCGCACCGCACAGUUUCCAAAGCAUAAAGGCGACCAUCAAGGUCUCGUCAACAGAGACCGGUGUCAUCUUUGGAAGUAUACUAUGGGAGGGCCCCAAUAUGUCGGAAUCUUGCGUGAUCUUGAACGACAUCCAUAUCGACAUCAUGGAUUACAUUAAGCCCGCGUACUGCACGGAGGGUCAGUUCCGAGCUAUGUGGACAGAGUUUGAAUGGGAGAAUCGGGUUAACGUCAACACGUCGAUAUCUGAUCCACGAGAGUACCUGAAGCACAUCAUGCAGUCAACGAAUAUGUCAUGCCUCACUCCGGAGGGUGCUAUGUCUGGCGACUGUGGUUUCCUCUCGGCCAACAUGUACGCUCGCAGCCUGUUCGGUGAGGAUGCGCUGGCCAACCUCAGCGUCGAGACAUGCGAAACCGGUCUUACGGGACAUGUACGUAUUCGCAGCAAAACGCAAGGAAUUGCAUUGUCGCUCGGUGAUCGGAUCACCAUGGCUCAAAAGGAUAACAAGCCUCCAGUCCCUUGAUUAUCCUAGUCAUUCAUUGUUGUUAUCUCGGUGUAUAUAAUUACGGACAGGAACUGUUUUCUAAUGCACUUACAUACGACCGCUGCACGGGUCCAGG